AGCUGAGCAGAGAAGAGGAAGUCUAGAUCUUCUACAGCACUGGGGCUAUGAAAGGAGCAUCUCUGAAGAAACUUUGUAGAGCACCAAAGCUGCCACAGGGCUGGAUAAAAGGCCAAAGAGCAACCCUCCCAUGCACACUCAUGAAACUGUGACCACAGCAAGAGCCGGGAAAGUGUGGGUGUGUGGGUGUCUGCAGGUGACCCAAAGCACCCAUGCAAACACCAGGGUAUUUAUGGAGUGCAACAACUGUUCCUAAAUUCAAUUAAAAUAUGAUGCCUGGAAAUCAGCACCCUGAAGAAUACAGGAUUGCAUCACUGGUCUUCUACAGCUUUGUAUUCGCAGUGGGAUUGUUGGUGAAUGCCACCGCGCUAUGGGUUUUCAGCUGCACUACCAAGAAGAGGACAACGAUAACUGUAUAUAUGAUGAAUGUGGCAUUACUUGACAUAAUUUUUAUAUUUUCCUUGCCUUUUCGGAUAAUCUACCACGGGAAAGAAACAUGGCCUUUUGGAGAUACAUUCUGUCGGAUAAUCAGCGCUUUCACGAUAUUUUAUCCAGCCAUUGCUCUGUGGUUGCUCACUUUCAUAAGCGUAGACAGAUUUAUGGCUAUUGUCCAGCCCAAACAUGUCAAAGAACUAAAAAAUACAAAAAAAGCUGUGCUGGCUUGCACUGGAAUCUGGAUAAUGACCCUCGCAACAACAUCCCCAUUGCUGUUUUUACGAUCUGAUCCAGACCAAGCCUCGAAUUUCACCACGUGCCUGAAAAUGCUUGAUAUCAUCCAUUUAAAGGAAGUGAAUACAUUGAACUUUUCUCGCUUGAUAUUUUUCUUUUUGGUUCCCUUGUUUAUCAUGAUGGGGUGUUACCUAGUUAUAAUCUACAAUUUUAUCCGCGGCAAGACUUCCAAAUUGAAGCCUAAGGCUAAGGAGAGAUCCAUAAGAAUUAUAGUUACUCUGAUUGCCCAAGUACUCCUCUGCUUUGUACCCUUCCACAUUUGCUUCGCCCUCCUGAUGUUGCAGGAUGAAGGUACAGCUUACAAUCCCUGGGCAGCCUUUACCACCUUUCUCAUGAAUCUCAGCACGUGCCUGGAUGUUAUACUCUACUAUAUUGUCUCUAAACAAUUUCAGGCGAGAGUCAUCAGCGUAAUCCUUUAUCGCAAUUACCUUCGAAGCGUGCGCAGGAAAAGUUUUCGAACUGGGAGUGUGAGGUCACUCACUAAUAUCAACAGUGAAAUGAUAUAAAAAGAGGGGAAAAAAAACUCAGGGGUUUAUCCUUCUUCUGAAAUCUAGCAUUUUUACUGCACUGGAAAAUGUUCUAUAGCAAGAAGAAACAGAUAUGUUUGUUGCACUGUAAGUAUGAGAGAAGCAGAAUAAUAAUUGCACCUCUUUAUAUGUGCUCAACAGCUUUUGCAAACCUGACAUGAACCAAAACCUAGUAUCAGUGUUAAACUAUCCAAUGCCUUUGUCAUCUCAAAAGACUUUGAAUAUUGCCAGACAUGAAAUAGUGACUACUAAUAUAAUA